AUGGGAACACCUUAUAAGGAUACAGAGAUCCCACCAUCAUUUUCUUCACGUCCUUCCAAUCCUUUGUAUGCUCUAACUCCGAAUGAUGGUCCAGGGACAGUCAUCACGCACGUUGUUCUUAAGGGAUCCAACUACGAAGAAUGGGCUAAAGCGAUUCGUGUUUCGUUGGGAGCAAAACGCAAACUCGGUUUCAUCAAUGGUAAAAUACUUAAACCUAAAACUGAUUCUGAUGAUCUUGAGGAUUGGUGGACGUCUGAUGUUGCUGCUUGUAAACAAAAAUCUGGUGAAUCGAUUAUGGCCUAUUAUGGACGGUUAAAGAAAUUAUGGGAUGAUAUCAAUGACUUUGAUGCUUUUCCUUCUUGUUCUUGUUCUGGUUGCACAUGUGGUUUGAAUCAAAUCCUUCGUAAAAGACGUGAAACGGAUCAGGUGCGUGAAUUUCUAAUGGAUCUUGAAUCUUAUUAUGCUAAUGCACGUUCUAAUAUUUUAUCCGUCGAGCCAUUGCCAUCUCUUCACUCUGUUUACUCAAGAAUUACACAAGAGGAAGAUGUUUAUCUUUAUACCCAACGAAGGACUGAGGAAGCAUAUCCAAUGGCUUUUUCUGUUCGUGGUAGUAUGCCACAAGGUCUGAAAUCUGGACGAUCAUCAUUGAAGUGCAGUUUUUGUGGCUAUCAUGGACAUCUUGAGGAACGCUGCUGGGAGAAACAUGGUUAUCCACCUGGACGUGAACCUAGGCGUCCGCAAGCCACAGGUCGUGAAAAACAGAGCAUGAAUACCCCUGAUAAAGUUGCUACACCCAAAGUGAAUGUUGUCUUGGGUGAAAUGUCUGCACCUACUAAUCCCAUUCGAUUAACUGGUAAGGGAGUUUAUACUUGGAUUAUUGACACCGGUGCUUCCAAUCAUGUUUGCUGUGACGAAAAUCUGUUUGAUUUCUCUCUUGCCAUAACUCCUAUUCACGUUGGGUUGCCUAAUGGUGCUACUAUAAAGGCCACCAGAAUAGGGGAAGUUACUUUAACAGAUUCUUUGGACCUUGUCUUGAGGAUGAAGAUUGGUAUGGGUAAGCUUAUUGGGGGGCUUUAUCAUUUGCCGAUGAGGGAACCAACUCGUGUUAAUGUUGUUCAUGGGAAAGACGUGGUAGAUUUAUGGCAUAAACGGCUCGGACAUCCUUCUCGACAAACAUCCAUGGUUAAAACACCUCAUCAAAAUGCUAGAGUAGAACGUAAACAUCGUCAUAUUCUUAAUGUUGCUCGUGCUUUACGUUUUCAAGCUUGUUUAACUAUUGAUUUUUGGGGAGAAUGUGUUCUAACUGCUGCAUAUCUGAUUAAUCGCACUCCUUCUCGUGUGCUUGAUUCUAAGACACCUUUUGAAAUGCUUUAUGGUCGUGCUCCUACUCUCGAUCUGCUUAGAGUUUUUGGAUGUUUAUGUUAUGCGAAGAAUAUUAAUCCUUGUGAUAAGUUUGAUAGUCGAAGUCGUCGGUGUAUAUUUCUUGGAUAUCCUUUUGGGAAGAAAGGAUGA